GAGGGGACCAGCUUUUCUUAGAGGUGCUCUGGUGUUUUGCAAGUGUGUGCCUAGAGGUUUCACAAACACUCCAGGGAUCAUUGGUAGCCCACUAUAAAGCUUUUUAUAUCUGUUUAUUCUUUGUCUUCAAAGAGUCCCAGAUGGCGGCACAUUUUCUGAGGGACUUCCACAGAGUCCUGAUGAGGUCGUGGGGUUCGCUGAGGUUUCCAGGAACCGAAACGGCAUCACAUCCAAAGCUGUGUUUACUGGUGCAAAGGGGGGGAAGGAGGCUCUUGAAAGACUUGUGAUCUCAAGAAAACCAAGAAAACAUUUCAUCUUCUUACUUUGGUCACAGGAAACUGAGAGCUCAGAUUAAUCUGCGUAGGUCAACAGAAAUAUCAAGCAUGUUGCCAUCAGAUAAACUAAAUUAACUGUGGAGAGUUUGGGAGUUUAUUAAUGUUUGCUGUGAGGAUGAUUUAAUCAGAUCUAAUCUCUGUAAUCACGAUCAGUUUUUCCGAGGCCUCUUUCAUUAUUCCCUUCUGUGAGAAUUUGCACUGUUCUUCUGAUGAUUUCUGCUCUGGUCGAGAAAAGGCCUCUGGCCUCGCUCAGACAGGGAAAUUACACACAUCGCUCAUAUCUUUUCAGUAAAUUCCUUUAAACAAACAGCCUGUCUGAAUGUUGACCAACUUCAUCAACUCAGACCUAAAGUAUCUAAUAAAAUGUUUUCUUUUUUUCCUUUCCGAUUUUCCUGGCCAAUUACUUUUGGCACAAGCUGCAGAAGCAUGGAUGUGGUUGCCACGGCAACAGGAUUUUCCUUCACCAUGGAGGGAAAGGCGCUGUUUCUCAGUGUGACGUCACCAUCAGCUACGACGCCAAGAUAGGAACCACCAGAGCUGGGAGAGGAAUACAGAUUGUGCCACAAUGUAUUUGGUCCAGAUUUAAAUCUAAAGUUGUCGGAGAUCCACUUCUGUCUUCAACGCUGCUAAAGUGACUAUCAGCUUCAUCGUGAAGUCAUAAGAUAACACUUUGAAGCUUCAAGUGAAGAUUUGCUGACGUAAUAAAGAGAGAAGUCAGCCGGUGCAUCAGUCUCCAGCUCAUCCAGCGUUCGCUCGCCCCUCCUCCCCCCGACUCAGCUGAUACUUCUCCUGCCUCCGCUGCAUCUUUUCUCUCCUUUUUCUUCUGCUUUUUUCCGCUCUACCUCCUCCUCCUCCUCAUCAUCCACCAUGGUGAACAGAUAACCAGUUGGCCGCGCUUGUCAGACCAUGGGUGCCUGCCUCUGCAAAGGUCACAAAGAACUCCACCUGCCAUCGUCAUCGCUGCACCAGACCGAGGAAGGUCAGUCGGCUCCCAUCAAGGACGGUCAGAAUCCUUCCAACGGCACAGUGGCAGAUAAGUCCAGUCGCUAUGACAUUGCAGAGCUGGCUACAUCCUCUCUGAUAGGCCUGGUGGCCACGAUAAAGGAGCACAUCACCAAGCCCACAGCGAUGGCCCAAGGGCGAGUCGCUCACCUGAUCGAGUGGAAAGGUUGGGGUGGAUGCGGCGGCGCCGAGGGUGGAGGAAACAGGGCCGGGUGGAGCGGAGGCUGGAGCAAAGGAGGCGGCGGAUGGGGGGCCAUGGGGACGGAGCUGCAGGAGGAUGAACAGUUUUACUCCCAAAUGACGGAUGAAAUCAAGGAGGCCCGAUUUGCUGCAGGCGUGGCGGAACAGUUCGCCCUGGCCGAGGCGGCGAUGAACAUGUGGUCCAUGAGCGACAACGCGGAGCAGCCGUCCACCAGCUCACAAGCCGCAGAGGGCCACUUCUUGUCCAAGUAUUUGCUCGACGGAGGAAGCGUCGGCGUGCCCCAGCACCUGUACAGCAUUCACACCCAGUCUUACGGCGACGCAACCAGCCUGAUUCACCCGCCGCUGGCCAACUCGACGCUUCCCCCAGCACUCGGCGCUCAGCGGGACGCUGAUCGUCCAUUUGAGGACGGCAGCAUGGCGACGGCGGAAGCCGCCGUCCGCCACGUCGACAGCAGCUCUCUGUCCGAGGACGACGUUUUUUACAACUAGGCUCGGAAACGAAAGACGCUGGUCACCGCAGUGGAAACGCCCAUGAGAUUCAGUGAGGACUCGAGCCUCGUCCACCAGCAAUGAUUGUUCUGAAAGACAUUUCUUGAGGCGAAACUCUUCGAAAUGCAUCAGCCGGAAAGAAUUUAAAGGCCUGACUAUAAAUGCUAUUUUUUACAUGAGCGAGGGUUAGGCCUAUUCUUCAUGUGAAUGUACAGUUUAAAUGUGACAUUUUAGUUUUUUAUUCUAUGUAGAAAACAACUGGAGCUGAGCUGUAAAGAGUCGGUGUAAAUAUAUUUUUAUAAAGCGUUGGUUUUAAUAUAUAUAUGUGACAAAUA